AUGGCCGGCGCGUCCUCGCGCGGCGGCGGGGACGUGGCCGCGGCGGCUCUCCGGCGGUGCACGGCAACGGCGAUCCACAGCGGGGCUGAUCCGGCGUGGUCCUCACGCCUCACACGACCCAGAGAGAGAGAUGGGAUGGUGGUGGUGUACGGCGAUGCACGGCGGCGGCUUGAGCGGCGUGCGACGGACGGCGCUCCGGCGGUGCUCCGGCGUUCCACAGCCGAAGAAGAAGAAGAAACGAGGAAGAAGGUGACCGGCGGAAAUGGAGAGAAAGGAGAGAGAGAAUGGAGGGUGAAUGUGCCUGUUGUUGGUGGUCAUGCGGGCAUUACAAUCGUCCCUCUGUUUUCUCAAGCUGUACCCAAGGCCAAUUUGGCGGACGAAGAUAUCAAGGCACCUACCAAGCGUACACAAGAUGGAGGGACGAAAGUUGUGCAAGCAAAGGCCGGAAAGGGAUCUGCAACAUUGUCCAUGGCGUAUGCUGGAGCAUUAUUUGCAGAUGCUUGCCUGAAGGACUUAAAUGGUGUCCCCGAUGUGGUGGAAUGUUCCUUUGUGCAGUCUAGCAUCACUGAACUUCCUUUCUUUGCUUCUAAGGUGAAACUUGGAAAGAAUGGCGUGGAGGAAGUUUUGGAGUUGGGUCCUAUGUCUGACUUUGAGAAGCAAGGGUUGGAAAGCCUGAUUCUUGAGCUCAAAUCUUCUAUUGAGAAGGGGAUCAAGUUUGGCAAUCAGUAACU